AUACACAACUACGACCCACGCUCCAGCUCCAAACUCCAAACCUAAGGCGAAGUUUUCUCGGCGGCUUGCGACAGUCGAUCGAGAGGAAUCGCGAGAGAAUGUGGCCGGUCGUUUCGCUUCUCGUAAUCCUCUGCUCGUCGGUGCGCAUGUGUCGCGCCGAUGAUGAUGAGCUCGACAUCAAUGAAAUCGACGGCCAUGUUUCGGCUUCGCGCGAAACACAAUAUAUGCGUGACGAUACCAUCACGCUCGGAGAGAUCUACGAGAACGCGGUCCAGGCCUAUCUCGAGGAAGACUGGGACGGUUGCAUCACAAGGUUUAACGAUGCUCUGCAUACAUAUAAAAUGUACAAACGUACGGUAACGAUUUGCCGUCGAAAAUGUAGAGCCGAGGCGACAGGUUCUUCGCCGAUCUUUGCGGAAGAUAUCGAAGAUCUGCACUUUUACGAGCGAAAAGUAAAAGAGACACUCUGUUUAAUGAAAUGCAAUCAGGAUUACCGUGAGAUCACAGGUGCGGGGGCGCUUAAACGACUCCCACGCGCUAAGGAAAUGAAGUUUGUCAAUUUUACCAUCUAUGAGUACCUUCAUAUCUGUUAUUUUCAGAAAGGGAGACAUCAGGAUGCAGCAAAUGCAGUCUUUACCUUCCUCACCCUACACCCUGAUCACGAGAUGGCAACGGAGAAUCUUAGAUACUAUCUGAAUCUACCUAACGUGAUCGCGGAAAAAGUUGUGAAUUUAGAGGAGGCGCCGUUUGUGCAAAUAUAUAUUCGAGGGGUUAAAGCGUACGAAAAUGAGAAUUACGUGGAGGCUGUCGCCGAGUUUGAGAGUUCCCUAGAAUCUUACAUGGAAUUCGAGGAGAACUGCAGAAACUAUUGCGAAGGACCCUUCGAUCAAGGAUGGUAUCCUGAAUUCACCUCUUCGAUAGCAAAUCAUUUUGCAUUUUGUCUAAAGUGUAAACGUGGAUGCUCACUUGCCCUGAACAAUGUGAAUGGCAAAUUUCAAGCUGACCUGCUCAGAAGCCAUUAUAAUUACUUGCAGUUCGCUUAUUAUAAAUUGGGUAAUUUGAAAGCAGCCUGUGCAGCAGUUGCAAGUUACUUAUUAUUUAUACCCGCUGACGAAACAAUGCUUCAUAAUAAAGAUUAUUAUAACAAUCAACCGAAAGUGAGGGAAGAAUACUUUGCGCCAAGAGAGGAGGCGCUUUCUUACGUAAAGCGGCAAGAAUACGAACUGAUGUUGUUGAAUUAUAUAUCUGAAGAAUUUGCGGUGAUCGAUGCCAGAUUCAAAGCAUUCACUAAGAAGAUUCACGCAAAAAAGAAGAUUGAACGAAAAAACGAAGAGGAACUUGGAAAGUAUUCUUCCUUGAUUUUACAUCCACCUCCGGGUCACUCACCAUCCACGAGGACGCUUGUUGGUAAUCUAUCGAUAUUUCGGGACGAGAAGGAAACGGACGCGCAAAUAAGUCGUAUCAGAGAGCGGUCAGAAAUCACUGACGAUGCAGAAAUAAUAGCAGGGGAAAAGAAACUCGGUGGGAAAAAUCGCUAUGCAGCAGACGGUCUUCUCAAUUCCACUGAAUGCGAUCUCCUUAUGCAACUGACUCGGAUUGCUAUGGUGGAGGGUGAUGGCUAUGAAGAAAACAAGAGUCCACAUUCGCCUUACGAGCGUUUCGAAGGUGUAACUAUUGGCAGGAUAGCGUUGAUGAUGUACUUCAACCUGACAAAGCCGGAACUACUGGAGCUAUUCUUGCAACGCACGGAAGCGGUCCGCAAUCACGUGGAAAGGUAUUUCAACCUUGACUCAACACUGUAUUUCACCUACACCCAUUUGGUCUGCCGAACGGCUUUAAUCGAUUCGCCAGCAGAUCGGACGGAUCUGAGUCAUGAAAUUCACGCUGAUAAUUGUGUGAUAAAAGGUGGCAGUUCCUGCCUACGAGAGGAACCUGCGUACACGUGGCGAGAUUAUUCAGCGAUUUUAUAUCUCAACGACGAUUUCGACGGCGGCGAAUUCUUUUUCGUCGACGACUGGAAGAGUCGUCACGUCCAGGGCGUCGUUCGACCUCGAUGCGGACGUAUGGUGGCGUUUUCCGCCGGUAGUGAGAAUCUUCACGGUGUUCAGGGUGUACGCAACCGUAGAAGGUGCGCUGUGGCGUUGUGGUUUACUCUGGAUAAAAAAUAUCUGGAAUACGAAAGGAUAGUGGCGGAUAUCAUGCUGACGAGAGUUCGUAUUUUGGGUACUGCGCAACAUGAAGAUACCCGAAUACCUUCCAGAUAUGAAGACAUGCUGAUCCAGUGUUUUAAAGAAGAUGAAACGUUGAGGCACAUAUUAAGAGAACGAAGCAACAAAAAGAAUAACCUUAAUAGAUAUAUUACGUAAGAUCUAUUCUGUGAAAUAUUUUUAUUUAAAAUGAAAUAGUUGAUCAAGUUUUGGGAGGAAAAAUGUACAAAUUAACACGAGUAUAUUAACUUAUUUGAUUUACAGAAAAUAUAUACAUAUAAAAGAAUAUAUAUAACUCUUAUGGAAAUUUAUC